AUAUCUUCAUACAGUUUAUUUACUCGUUGCAAGUUAAAUAUUAAAAUUUAAAUUUAAUUAAUUUUCAUUCAUUUAUUAAAUAAUAAAAAAAACUUUGUCGUUCCGUUGAUGAAAUACUGUAAACAAUAUUUGUUUAAUCAAUUAAUUGAAAUAUACUAUUAUAUUGAAUAUUACAGUUAAUGGAGCAAAUACGUAAAAAAUUUUGUACUGAAGAAAAUAAAACAAAAACAGAAGAUGAAAAGACGACGGACAAUAAAGAAAUUUGUAAAUCAGGGCAAAAUUUAACCAGUGACGUUUUAUAUAUUAUUUUUAAAUAUUUAAAUUAUUUUGACUUGUCUAGUGCAUCCCAUGUUUGCAGAUCUUGGUCUGAUGUAGCAAACCAUGAAAAAAAAACAAGAGGCCCAUCAUGUUUUGUAAGAAAAGCAAAGGAUAUGAAAUAUAUAACGUCCAGUGGCGAAAAUUAUAAUAAAAAACUGAUAGACUGUGUAAGGAUAAAACCUACCAUAAGUAUCAAUUUUUCUGUUGGGAACGAAAGUUUUAUUUCACAAGGAUGUCAUACUGGUUAUUUACCAUACGAUUGUGAUUUGGUAUCGUUGAAUACUCAUGGUACUGUGAUAAAUAAUGAAGAAACCCAAGAAGAUAAUGAUAACAUUGCAUGCAUGCUUUUUCCCGAAGUACCAAAUAUUAAUGUUUCAAUGUACACUUUUAAUAUUCACAAUUGGAAAAGAACAAAAAAAGUAUAUCCUCUCAAAUUCAAAAGUAUGUUUAAAGUUUCUGACAAAGACCCUGAGACAAAAUGUAUGAUUUUAUUAUGUGAUUGGAACGGUCGUGUUAUAGCGUCUAAUAUAUUGAGAGCUUUGAAAAAUGGGUUGAAAGCCUCAAAAACUUUUGUCUGGGGUGGUAUUGCUAAAAACCUAAUAGUUUGUGCUACUGAAAAUAAUAAACGCACAUGUAAAAGAACUUCGAAUUGUGCUGCUAUCACGAUAAUUGGUACAAAAAUGAAAGUAUGGACUAUACUUUUGGAUUCAAAAUGUAAUACCAAGAAAUUGGUUGAAGACAAAUUAAAAGCCUUUAAGGAAGAGAUACAAUUGAAGAGGCAUUCCAUAGGUUUUAUGUUUGCUUGUUGUGUACGUGGUCUGAAUAUGUUUGAUGAACCUCACGUAGAAUCUACUAUAUUUAAAGCAUUGUUUCCAAAAGUGCCGUUAGUUGGAUGUUUCGGUGAUGGAGAAUUUGGAAAAAGAAUUACAAAUGAAAAAUCCAGAAGGAAACGUUGGCAAUUCGUUAAUUCAGUAUCUACAUCAUUUAUGAUACUUACAUAUGAUACUUAAUGGAAUGAUUGGUAUUACUAUUAUCAAGAAUACGAGUGCAUCUUCUGUUUAUAUUUUGAUCAGAUGUAAAUAAAAUGUUUUAAUAAUAAAAUGUGUGGGACGAAAUGUGGAAAUAGAAA